UGAUAUUGCUCAGAAUCUCAUCAAGUUAUGUUUAGGGAUUUUUAAAAAAAAUUAUUAGUUCCUACGUUGUAAGAUUUGGUCAACAUUUCAGUGUCAUUUGUAUAUUACAGCAUGGAUUAAAAGACUAGAAUUUUUUUAUUUUUUUUUUUGGCCUUGCGGCAGGCAGGAUCUUAGUUUCCCAACCAGGGAUCAGAUUCAUGUCCCCUGCUUUGGGAGUGUGGGAGCUUAACCACUGGACCACCAGGGAAAUUUCCUCUUGCACUGUUUUUUGACUGAAGCUUUAUUCUGAAUGAAAGAACGUGGUGGUUCACAAUUAGAACAUGAUGUGUAGUGUAGUUUUUUUCUAAACUUUACUUUAUCCUCUUACUGUGGUAUCUAACAAGAUGGGAAAACUCUCACUGAGUCUCUGACUUACUCUGCUGAUUAUGCUCAAUUAAAAUUAUAACUACAGUUGACCUUUGAACAACAUGGUCUGACUGUGCCAAUCCACUUAUAUGCAGAUUUUUUUCAGUUAAUACAUACUGCAGUACUACACAUCCAUACUUGGUAGAAUCCAUGAAUGUAAAACCACAAGUAUGGAGGGCUGACGGUAAACUUAUACUCAGAUUUUUGAAUGCUCCUGGGAUCAGACCACCUAACUCCUGAGCUGUUCAAGGGUCAACUGUAUGUAUCUGUGUUAGUUUAGGGAUUUCAAAUUUUGUAUUUCACACAUUUUUCCCACAAAUAUUUAUUUUAUUAUGAGGCUUCAUAAAUUAUACAUAUGUUGCAUCUGUUCUUUUAUGAAUAUGAAAUAUAAGACAAAUGAAAAGAGAGACUUGGAGGUAAAGAUUGUAUUUCACAAAUUUAUCUUUUGUUUCUUAUACUAUUAAUAAAAUGUCAGGAUUGAAAUUUAUAUUUAAUGUUAAUAUUCCCUAAUCUCUUAAAUUAUCUAUUAUGCCUACAAAGAGCAAACCAGGAUUUUUACAGUAGUGAAAUGCCAGUCUCCUCAACAGGCAUUUUGUUAAUCUUUUCAGGGCACUAAGUUUCUGUGACUUGACUGGAGGUUUACAUAAAUUUUCCCUUGGGAUCCCUGGACUUAGGAACAGGAAACAUAUAAGAGUUUUAUAAGAAUCUUAUGAAAUGAUGUAGGGAGGAUAGAAUUGGAUCUUACACUAGUUGUGCCAUGGCAGAUUGUCUUUGACAGUUUAUAUUUAACUGGGUAUUAAUACAGUUUUAAAAAUGCCUUAUAUUGAAACAUUGAAAGCUAUGUAGUUUAAAGGCUAACUUAACAUUUAAAGCAGUAUAAGUGUAAUAUCCAGACCUAGGCAUUCAUGAAAAUCUUAUUUAAAUUAUCCAUUCCAUAUUUUUUUUUGUUUCUUAUAUAGUAACUUCAGGAGCAGGAAUCUAUUUAGUAGAGAACCUGAUGCAUAGUAGGUGAUUGGUAAAGGGAGGUUGAACAAAUGCAUCCAUUGAAAGUAUUCAAAUUAUAAUAAAUUAGAAAUUAUGAAAAAAGAAAUUAUGAGGGACUUCUUUACACAUAUAUUUUCCAUUUAAAAAACUAUGUUGUGUUCUUUAAGUCUGAAAUGAUUUCAAAAUGUAAAGUUUAACUCAUGCAAAAAAGUGGUGAUGUUGGUGGUAGUGAGGAUAUUGUUUAUAUUAUUUGCAUCUAGACCACAAACCUAGGAGAUUUGUAUUUUAUACAAGCUGAAGAAUAUACUUGUGUUUGGAGAAGGAAAUGGCAACCCACUCCAGUACUCUUGCCUAGAAAAUCCCACCGAUAGAGGAGCCUGGUAGUCUACAUUCCAUGGGGUUGCAAAGAGUUGGACAGGACUGAGCGACUUCACUUUCACUUUCAUGAGGCAGAUGACCGAGGAAUUCUAGGAUUCUUACUUUACAAAUACUUAAAACAGCCUUUUACCUCGUUGCAACCGAGAAAGCAACAUGGGUCACCAGCAGCUCUACUGGAGCCAUCCAAGAAAAUUCAGCCAGGGUUCUCGCUCUUGCCGGGUCUGCUCAAACCGGCACGGUCUGAUCCGGAAAUACGGCCUCAAUAUGUGCCGCCAGUGUUUCCACCAGUAUGCGAAGGACAUCGGCUUCAUUAAGUUGGACUAACUGAACUUCCUUAGAUGGCUCAUCCAGCACAUCACCCCUAGGCGGAAAUAAUACUAGCUCUUUGUAUAUAAAAUAAAAGUUGUCAAAACUUCAAAAAAAAAAAA